CGCGCGCGCCGCGCCGCGUGCCCACCCCGGGGUGGCUGCUGCAGCCUGCGCUGCCUCCGCCACUGCCGGCCGCCUGCGGAGCCCGAGCGGGAGCCGGCCGGCGCCCAGCCCGACGAGGGGCUCCCGGGCCGCGGGGGCGGGCGGGCGAUGCUCCAGCAGCCCGGCCAGCCAUGGAGGCCGAGGCGGGCGGCCUGGAGGAGCUGACGGAUGAGGAGAUGGCGGCGUUGGGCAAGGAAGAGCUGGUGCGGCGUCUGCGGCGGGAGGAGGCGGCGCGCCUGGCGGCGUUGGUGCAGCGCGGCCGCCUGAUGCAGGAGGUGAACCGGCAACUGCAGGGUCACCUGGGCGAGAUCCGCGAGCUCAAGCAGCUCAACCGGCGCCUGCAGGCCGAGAACCGCGAGCUGCGCGACCUCUGCUGCUUCCUGGACUCGGAGCGCCAGCGGGGCCGGCGCGCCGCGCGCCAGUGGCAGCUCUUCGGGACCCAAGCCUCCCGGGCCGUGCGCGAGGACCUGGGCGGCUGUUGGCAGAAGCUGGCGGAGCUGGAGAGCCGCCAGGAGGAGCUGCUGCGGGAGAACCUGGCGCUGAAGGAGCUUUGCCUGGCCCUGGGCGAGGAGUGGGGGCCCCGCGGCGGCAGUGGCGGCGCGGGGGGCUCAGGCGCUGGGCCGACACCGGAGCUCGCCCUGCCCCCCUGCGGGCCCCGCGAUCUAGGCGACGGCAGCUCCAGCACCGGCAGCGUGGGCAGCCCCGACCAGCUGCCCCUGGCCUGCUCCCCCGAUGACUGAGGGUGCCGCUGCUCCCACGCGACGCCCGUCCUGAUUGCUCCCGGAGCGCCGCGAUCGCUGUGAACCCCGAACCGGGACGCUCCUCGAGGGUGCACCUGGAGCCGCCGGCGGGGCCUGAGAAGCCCCGGCACCAAGGAGGGCCCCCCGCUCUCGCUGGCGGGGCAGCAGGGGGACUGGAGGUCGGAUUGGUGGGACUUGCUGGGGAGGGUUGGGUGGGGCCUAAUAAACCGGGACCGAAGCGGAGCCCGAAGUCUGGGCAGUUUGUCUGAGGCUCGCCGGGGUUAGGGAGAGGGCGGGAAUGCCUGGACCGUGUGCCGCUCCCAUCUGGAGGGGCUGCGACCCAAGGCGGCUCUUUCCCAUCAUCUCGAGUCUGGGGCGCGUUAAGGGACAGUGGUAAACCUCCGGCUUUGCCUUGGGGGCCCCCCGGGACGGGCAGGAAUCCCGCCCCUCAAGUGGCUCGAGCUCCCUUCCCGGCUCCUUCCUGUCCAAGACAAUGGGGGCAGGAAGCAGGUGUUGGGGGCCUAAAACCCACUGUCUGGCUGCUGUGGAAG